AUGCUGUCGUCCGCAGUAACAUCCUUGGGCGGUGGUGUCCGUCAGACACUGUGUGAGGAAGUGACACAUGUGGUCGCAACGAGUCGUGACUCGGGCAAGAUGAUGGCUCUAGAAUUGCAUACGAACCUGCCCAUCAUAGCAGUUGCACCGCAUUGGAUCAACGACUCGUACAGUGUGCGACGACUGCUACCUCUCGACGGCUACGUGUUCGAUAUGAGGACACCUGGCGCCCUGCCGCCGUGUCUAUGUGCGCCACCGCCCAUGUCGCCGACGUCGAAGGAGUUUUCAGGCAGUGCACCUGUGUCUUUACUGUCUGAGCAAGUCCCCCCACACCACGAUGAUCACACCGUGCUUGCUGGCAAGACGGUGCUUCUUGCGCGUGAUAUUCAUGGCGGUACAUUAGAGUCGUUGCCGCAUCUGCAUUCGGUGCGUGAUCGCAUUGUCCAGGCAGGCGGACAAUGUGCACCGAUUCUCAAGUCGGACGCGUCGCCCGCACAAGUGCGUGCGGCUGUACAAAGCGCUGAUAUCGUUGUGGCUCGGCACCGCGAAAGUGUAGAAUGCAUCCAAGCGCUCCGCCACGAUAAAGUCGUCGGCACCCUGGGCUGGCUCGUCAAGGUGCUGUCUUCAGGCAGGCUGACGUCACCGCGUGAUCGAAUCUUACACUUUCCCUACCCACACACGCCGGUCGCAGGCUUCCCGUCGCUGACCAUCACCAUCACCAACUACCGCGGCACCGCUCGCACGUACUUGAAGGAACUUAUCGCCAAGAUGGGGGGCAUUUUUACUCCCGAAAUGUGUCAGACCAGUAGCAUUUGCGUGGCUUUGGACCUGCAUGGGGAAAAAGUCACGAAGGCGCGGGAGUGGAAUAUUCCUAUCGUGAAUCACAUCUGGCUGGAAAAUUGCUUUGCUACAUGGAAGAACCAAAACUUGGCACAGCGUUCCUUUAUCACGUUUCCCGGUGCCGCGCAGCUGACGGCGGUUCUUGGUCAGGUCGGCGUGAGUGACGAGAGCAUCGCACCGUUCAUGACGAUGGACAGCCCUUCCAUGGAUGACUCGGGGCCUAUCGACACCCAUUCCAACAGUGUAUCGCAUUCUGUCGUGCAAAAUACGCCGAGCCGCGUGCCUGAGCGUGUGCUGGGUGCUGCGCCCGAAUCAAGUUGGUCUGACUCUACUGACAUGAGUCACGGCAACGACGACACUCACCGCGCUAUAGCGACAAGUAUCACCGCUCUUACCGCUCCUACCGCUCCUUCCGCUCCUACCGAUGCUGCCGCUGAUGCGACGCAUCAAGAUGUAGGUCCUCUAGACUCUGCUCGAUCUUUCAAGGCCGAGCCAGAGUCGAUCGAGCAGGCGGGUGCCGAGGCACGACACACGGCCAGCUCGAUGGUCAGUGAUGAACGGCGUGAAGAAGCGAUUCAGUCUGUUAGUGAGCGAGAUCCUCCACCGGCACCAGAGGCUCGACAGGAAUCGGCACACGUCGACGAGUCAAAGCGCAUCCUCGAGCCAUACGAAACAACGACCGGUCCAGAGCCUCGAGAAGACUCUUUGCAUGUCCAUGUACCAACAUCGGGCUUUGAUGAAUCCAGUCCACGGCACAGUGCUUCAUCUGAAGAAGCAAGCGGGUCUGGGCCAGAGGCACAUGAUCAAGCGUCGAAACCUGGUUCAUCAACGCCACUGUCAGUUCAGGAAAGAGCCUCCACUGAUGCACAUGUCGAGCAGAUGGUCGAAUCCAACGUCUCUGAGAGAAGUGGAAGCGCUUCUCCUGUGACGAACGAGCCCGCCGAGAUGGCAUCCCCCUCUGUACAUACUCAUCCUUCUUCACGAUCAGCGUCGACGCCGAUGGAGGCCGACUCUGAACGCACAGCAGCACCGUCCCAUCGGAAACGAGCGACAGUCAGUAAAGCCACGGCGCCACUGAAGCGGGCAAGAGCAUCAUCGCCGGCGAACAUCGUCGUUGCGACGACAUCCGUCGACUUGUCAGCAACCGAGCAACGCACGCUCCAAGCUCUUGGCAUUCAACGCACUGACGACAUGUCAAAAGCAACGCAUCUCGUGGCCAAGAACCUCACACGCACAGAGAAGAUGCUUUGUGCCAUUGCACGUGGUCUUUACAUCGUUGGUAUGAGCUGGAUUAGGGACAUGACUCGCAAGCAGACAUUGAUCGAUGCGUCUUCUUAUACCCUACGUGACAAGGACAAAGAGAAGCAAUGGUCCAUGUCGCUUGCUGAUGUGCUUGAGCGCAGUCGGCAGGCACCAUCGAGCCUCUUACGGGGCCAUACAUUUUAUGUCUCGAAGCAUGUCCAGCCAUCGCGCGAAAUUUUGCGGCAUGUGAUGGAGGCUGCUGGUGCUCAUGUCGAAUAUGUGACUGCCAAGACGAAUGCCGACGUCUUGGCCAUGGACCAAGUGCAUGUGAUUGGAUCGCGGUCUGAUCAGGCGACGCUCUCAUCGCUUCGUGCGCAGCAUGAGAAGCGCCACAGCAGCAAGGAUCCAACGGCCCCGGUCCCGUGGCGCGUGUACACCCCUGAACUUGUUCUGUCCGGCAUUCUUCGGCAGCACGUAGAUUGGUCAGCCACGUACGAGCUGUCUGCGACUGAAUCGUAG